AUGGCUCCCCUCAACAUCCUCAUCUGCGGCGGCGGCAUCGCCGGCCCGGCCGCUGCCUACUGGCUCUCCAAGCUCGGCCACACGUGCACCAUCGUCGAGCGCCACCCGGAGCUCCGCGCGCACGGCCAGCAGAUCGACCUCCGCGAGCAGGGCGUCACCGUGGCCCGGCGCAUGGGCAUCCUCGACGAGGUGCGCCGCCGGGCCGUCGACGAGGAGGGCACGGGCUUCCUCGACGCCCGCGGCCGCGUCGUUGCCUUCUUCGGCCGCAGCGGCUCCGAGGAGCACCAGAGCUUCACCAGCGAGUUCGAGAUUAUGCGCGGCGAGCUGUGCCGGAUCCUGUUCGAGGCCACCAGCGACCGCGUCCGGUACCGCUACGGCGUCACCGUCGACGACUUUGCCCCCGUCGGCGACGGGUCCCGCGUCCGCGUCGAGUUCUCCGAUGGCCAGGCGGCCGAGUACGAUCUUCUCAUCGGCGCCGACGGCCAGGGCUCGCGCGUGCGGCGCAAGAUGACGCCCAACGACUCGUACCGCGCCUUUGGCGUCUUCUGCUGCUACUUCAACAUGGCGCGCAACGCCGACGACGAGCGCAGCCGCUUCCUGCUCUGCUCCCCGGGCAAGCGCCGCGUCAUGGCCACGCGCUGGCACUCCAAGGACCUCGGCCAGGGCUACCUCAUGACUAUGUCGCACGCCGACGAGAUGCGCAAGGCCCUGCAGUCCCACGACCCAGUCGUCCAGCGCGACCUGUUUGCCCGCGUCUUCCGCGGGGCCGGCUGGCAGUCGGAGCGCCUCAUCGACGCCAUGCACCGUGCCGACGAUGUCUACGUCUUCGAGGCCCUGCAGGUCACCACCAAGCCCUGGUCCAAGGGCCGCGUCGUGCUCCUUGGCGACGCCGCCCAUGCGCCAUCCUUCUUCACCGGCAUGGGCACCAGCCUCGCCCUCGUCGGCGCCUACGUUCUGGCGGGCGAGCUGGCCCGCCACGGCGACGACGUCGCGGCCGCCCUCGACGCCUACGACGCCAAGCUGCGGCCCUUUGUCGAGGAGACGCAGCAGCUGGCCCCCGGCUUCCCCGGCAUCAUGUAUCCCGACUCGGCGUGGGCUGUCCGGCUGACGCACUGGAUUCUUGCCUUUGUGGCCUUCGCCAAGCUCGACAAAAUCAUAGGCACCCUGUCGCACUAUCUGAUGCCCGAGGGCAAGAAAUGGAAGGUACCGGACUAUCCGGAACUGGAGGUGGCAACGGAGUCGUCCCCUGCCAAGUGCUGA